AUGGAACAGCUGUCCAGCGACUCUAUUUUAAGUCACAAUGUUUUCAUCAAUGUUUGCAACACGGAGAGCAAAGUGUUCAAUUGGGUUGUCUGUGCAGAGAAAGCACACCCUCCCAGAGUGUCCCAGAGAAAGCACACCCUCCCAGAGUGUCCCAGAGAAAGACCUCCCUCCCUGAGUGGCCCAGAGAAAGACCUCCCUCCCAGAGUGGCCCAGAGAAAGACCUCCCUCCCAGAGUGCCCCAGAGAAAGACCUCCCUCCCAGAGUGGCCCAGAGAAAGACCUCCCUCCCAGAGUGGCCCAGAGAAAGACCUCCCUCCCAGAGUGGCCCAGAGAAAGACCUCCCUCCCAGAGUGGCCCAGAGAAAGACCUCCCUCCCAGAGUGGCCCAGAGAAAGACCUCCCUCCCAGAGUGGCCCAGAGAAAGACCUCCCUCCCAGAGUGUCCCAGAGAAAGACCUCCCUCCCAGAGUGGCCCAGAGAAAGACCUCCCUCCCAGAGUGUGCCAGAGAUAGACCUCCCUCCCAGAGUGUCCCAGAGAUAGACCUCCCUCCCAGAGAAAGACCUCUCUCCCAGUGUCCCAGAGAAAGACCUCACUCCCAGAGUGUCCCAGAGAAAGCACACCCUCCCAGAGUUUAG